GGUUGUGAAAUGUGAUAUAAACUAUGAAGCCAAAAACCAGACAAAUUAAGUAGGCGUGGGCUUCCAUCCUUGUUCUCCACAACUCCAUGAUUAUAUACAUACAUAUGAAUCUAUGAUGAUGAUGAUGAUGAUGAUGGUGUCACCCUGACACAACACCCCCUCUUCCUUCCUUCUCUCUCUAUAUCUAUAUCUAUAUAUAGAUACACCAUACAAAUGGCAUCCUUGCUUAAUUACACCACACCCCCGGUUAUUUCUCUUCGAAGAAACGCUAAUUUAGGGUCCAAUAAUAACCCGAAUCCAAACCCCAACCCGAAUUCCUGCUCUUCAUCCUCCUGUUGCCACGCCUUUUCCUGGGCUUUCUCCAAUUGUUUUGGCGUAAACGACAUUUGGAAGCGUCAACGUCUUCGAGCUCACGCUAUGAGUGCAGCUCAAACUCAUGGGAGUUUUAUAUCACCAACGGGUGCCAAUGGGGUGAAAGAUGAAGAUCCAGAUCAUCUUCUUGUUCUUGUUCACGGAAUCUAUGCAAGCCCUAGUGACUGGAGAUACGUAGAAUCGGAGCUCAAAAGACGGUUAGGGCGACACUUUUUGAUAUACGCAAGUUCUUGUAACACUUACUCUAAAACCUUUGCUGGAAUUGACGGGGCUGGAAAACGGUUAGCAGAUGAAGUGAGGCAAGUGGUGAAGAGUAGAGAGAACCUUAAGAGGAUAUCAUUUUUAGCCCAUUCGCUUGGUGGUCUUAUCGCAAGAUACGCAGUAGGUGUUCUUUAUACUCGUGUUGACGAUAGAACCGCUGGUCUCAUCGCCGGGCUGGAGGCCAUUAGUUUCAUAACCCUAGCAACACCGCAUCUCGGAGUUAGAGGGAACAAGCAGCUUCCGUUUCUUCUGGGUGUACCCAUGUUAGAAAAAAUCGCUGCUCCAAUGGCUCCGAUCUUUGUUGGACGAACAGGUAGUCAGCUGUUUCUCACCGACGGUAAACCCGACAGACCACCUCUGCUUUUGAGAAUGACGACAGAUGCUGAAGAGUCCGAUUUUAUAUCUGCUCUCGGUGCAUUUAAAUAUCGUGUUUUGUAUGCCAAUGCCUCCUAUGAUCAUAUGGUGGGUCGCCGCACAUCCUCAAUCAGAAGGGAGUCCGAGCUUGUUAAGCCCCCUCUCCAAUCGUUGGAUGGUUAUAAACACGUCGUCGAUGUGGAGUAUUGCCCACCCGUAGAAUCCAGAGGCUCGAGUUUUCCUCCAGAAGCAGCAAGAGCAAAAGAAGCAGCCCAAAAUGUACCAACUACCCAAAAUACCCUCGAGUACCAUGAAAUCAUGGAAGAGGAAAUGAUUCGCGGGUUACAACAGUUGGGAUGGAAAAAAGUUGACGUCAGUUUCCACUCUUCGCUUUGGCCGUUCUUCGCUCAUAACAACAUUCAUGUGAAAGAUGAAUGGUUCCAUAAAGCGGGAGCUGGAGUGGUUGCUCAUGUUGCCGACACCAUUAACCAGCAGGAAAAGCAACAUCAAUCGUCUUCGCUCAUUACUGCUAGUUUGUAGUUAUGGCAUGUGCUUUAAAUAAUAACACGGACUAACCAAAUUUAUACGUAUAUUUAUGCACUAUGUAUACCACACGUAUGUAUAUGUGCAAUGCCCGUAUAGUCUAGUGUGAUCGGGUGUCAAACCCGGGCAACUUAAGUAAGCAGUUAAAUAAACUUAUAGGUUUAAUAUUGGGGAAAUUAUGUAUUGAUUGUAUGUAUAAAUGUACACAAAAUAUUGUAAAGGAUUAUGUUUCAAGUUAUGGUUGUGUAGUUAAUGUU